CUGUGGUUGGACCAGCGGGUCAGGGCCAUGUCUGUAGCCGGAGUAGCCUACUCCCAUGCCGGCAUCUGCCCCAACGAGAUGAACCCCAACCUUUGGGUAGACGCCAUGAGUACCUGCAUGCGGGAGUGCGAAUCUGACCAGGAGUGUGAGAAGUUUGAGAAGUGUUGUCCCAACGUAUGUGGGAACCAGAGCUGCGUGGCGGCACGCUACAUGGACGUUAAUGGGAAAAAGGGUCCAGUGGGCAUGCCCAAAGAAGCUACCUGUGCCAGCUUCAUGUGCACCCAGCAGGGCUCUCAGUGUGACAUCUGGGAAGGCCAGCCUGUGUGUAAGUGCAGGGACCGCUGUGAGAGAGAACCUCACUUCACCUGCGCCUCCGACGGCAUGACCUACUACAAUAAGUGCUACAUGGAUGCUGAGGCCUGCUCCAAGGGCAUCGCCCUCUCUGUGGUCACCUGUCGCUUCCACCUCACCUGGCCCAACACCAGCCCCCCGUUGCCCCUGGAGACCACCCUCCGACCAACCACAGCCCCCCUCCAGGAGACGCCCCCACUCCCGACGGAACCCCAGCCGCCAGUCAUGGCCAGCAGCUCAUCACAACAGUUGGUUACCGUGGGAGACACGGCCAGCUUCCUGUGUGACGUCACGGGACACCCGCGGCCCGAGAUUAGCUGGCAAAAGCACCAGGUGGAGGGAGAUGGAAGGGAGAGGGUUGUGAUGAGACCCAAUCACGUGAGGGGGAAUGUGGUGGUCACCAACAUUGGCCAGCUGGUGAUCUACAACGCCCAGCCUCAGGACUCUGGUGUCUACACCUGUACUGCAAACAACCCCUCUGGCUCGGCUCAUGCCCACCAUGCCCUCACCGUGGUGCCCAGGGAUCCCCUAAGGAGAGAAGAGCCCAGGAACAUGACCCACUGCCAGGCCGAGGAGUGCCAGAGGCCCCCUGACACGGUAGAGGAGUGUGUUGGGAAGGAGAGAGUGAGCUGGUACUAUGAGCCCAAAAGGAACAGCUGCUUCUCCUUCACCCAUGGCAGCUGUAACAGCAACAGGAAACCAUUUGAGACGUAUGAGGCGUGUAUGUUGUGCUGUGGUCCAGAGGUGUCUGCCCUCUGUGGCCUGCCCAGCCUGCAGGGUCCCUGUAAGGCCUACGAGCCCCGCUGGGCCUACAGCAGCAGCCAGAGGCAGUGCCAGUCCUUCAUCUAUGGAGGCUGCAGUGGCAACGACAACAACUUUGAGUCCAGAGAGGCCUGUGAGGAGAUGUGCCCCUUCCCUAAGAACCACCACUGUAAAACAUGUAAACCCAGAGGCAAGAUGGUGACCAGCUUCUGUAAGAGUGACUUUGUGAUCCUGGGGAGGUUGUCUGGACUGAUGGAGGAGAGGGACUCGGGCCAAGCCCUAGUCACAGUGGAGGAGAUCCUGAAGGAUGAGAAGAUGGGCCUCCGGUUCUUCGGCAAGGAGCCUCUGGAGGUGACCUUCACCAACAUGGACUGGAACUGCCAAUGUCCCAACAUCAGCGAAGGUCAGGUCAUCGUCAUGGGAGAUGUGAGGGACGGCAUGGCCGUGCUGCAGUCGGACAGCUAUGUGGGAGCGUCGAACACACGCCGGGUACGGAAGCUCAGAGAGGUCAUCACUAAGAACACCUGUGACAUUCUCAAAGAGUUCCCCGCCAUUCAGUAG